CACAUGCAUUCAGCAAGCAGUGCACAAGAGGAAUGAGCCAUCAGUGGGAAAGUAGUCACUCUGCUCUGAUUGGAUGUGUUUAAUGAUGGCCUCUUAAUUUUGCAACAUGUUUCAAGAAGAGCAAUAAAGAAGAAAGGAAGGAUGACCGGUUGUGGUGAAAUCGACCACUCAAUCAACAUGCUUCCCACAAACAGGAAGACAAAUGAACCAUGUUCCAGCUUGGCACCAUCUCUUAUGGUCCCUGAAUGUGCUAUCUGUCUGCAAACAUGUGUCCAUCCUGUGAGUCUGCCUUGUAAACAUGUCUUCUGCUAUCUGUGUGUGAAAGGAGCUUCCUGGCUUGGAAAGCAACGUGCACUCUGUCGGCAGGAGAUCCCAGAGGACUUCCUUGAUAAACCAACCUUACUAUCACCUGAGGAACUCAAAGCAGCAAGUAGAAGCAAUGGGGAAUAUGCUUGGUACUAUGAAGGCAGAAAUGGCUGGCGGCAAUAUGAUGAACGUACCAGUAGGGAGUUGGAAGAUGCUUUUUCUAAAGGCAAAAAGAGCACUGAAAUGUUAAUUGCUGGGUUCUUGUAUGUGGCAGAUCUUGAGAACAUGGUUCAGUAUAGGGGAAAUGAACAUGGACGUCGCAGAAAAAUAAAACGGGACAUAAUAGGUAUUCCAAAAAAGGGAGUGGCUGGGCUUAGGUUGGACUGUGAUGCUAAUGCUGUCAAUCUAGCAAGAGAGAGCUCUGCUGAUGGUGCAGACCAUCUAAGGGCUGCUGCUGGGCAGCCUCUAGCAACUGUUUCUGUUAGACCCCUACCUUUACUAGAUGGUCAGCUGACAAGUCCUGCAACGCCAUCACCUGAUGCAAGCAUUCUAGAGAACUCUUUUGCCAACUUACAAAUAAAUGGAGAUAGUAUGGUUGAAAGGAGCCAUAGGGGAGAGAGAGAGAGAGACCAUGAAUCAUCAUCUUCUGGCAGGGUGCCAGUUCUGGACACCUCCACUGAGGAAACAGAAUCGGAUGCUAGCAGUGAUAGCGAGGAUGUGUCUGCCCAACUUCAGCUGCCUGUAUCCUCUGCUCAGCAGAGACAUCUGAAUGCAAAUCAGCCAGCCUUGGAUAGACCAGUGGCAGGGAAUGGGGUGGGAAACACCAGUGUGAGAUCUAGAAGGCCUGAUGGACAGUGCACAGUAACUGAGGUUUAAAUCUAGAGCCAUGUUUUGAAAACUCAAGUCUUGUACCUUUAUAAUUUGUCUGUAUUGACAUUGCACUCCAGUCUAGCAGUGUGUUUUAAAGUGUUUGGGGGUGGGUGGCUAGGAAAAAGCAAAAAGCAAAAACUCUGACUUC